AUGAUCUUCAUUUCUUCCUUCCUCCUGUCUUUGCUGGUUGUCUCCCCGGCCCUGGCCGCGCCUGCCAAGCGCGCCGCGCCCACCGUGACCAUCGCACACCCCGAGGCUACCAUCGUGGGAAGCUCGGGGUCUCGGGUUGAGAGCUUCAAUGGUGUGCCGUUCGCGCAGCCGCCGACCGGGUCGCUGCGAUUGAAGCCGCCCAAGCCGAUAGAGUCCUCGCUAGGCACCGUCGAGGCGACAGGCAUCGCCAUGUCAUGUCCGCAAUUCUUCUUCUCGACGGACAACACCGAAUUUCCUGGGUCGGUGGUGGGCAUGCUCGCCAAUAUUCCCAUCUUCCAGAAGGUGACCAACGCUGGUGAGGACUGCCUGUCCGUGAACAUUCGCCGGCCGACCGGUACGACGGCAGACAGCAAGCUGCCCGUGUUGGUGUGGAUAUACGGCGGUGGGUUUGAACUAGGCUCGUCGUUCAUGUAUGACGGCGCGCCGCUGGUGCGCAGCUCCAUAGAUAAGGAUAUGCCAAUCGUGUUUGUGGCCAUCAGCUACCGCGUGGGCGGCUUCGGCUUCAUGCCGGGCAAGGAGAUCCUGGCCGACGGCGCGUCAAACCUGGGUCUGCUGGACCAGCGUGCCGCCCUGGAAUGGGUGGCCGAUAACAUCGGCGAGUUUGGCGGCGAUCCCGAGAAGGUAACUAUCUGGGGCGAGUCCGCCGGCGCCAUCUCCGUGUUCGACCAGAUGCUGCUGUACGGCGGAGACAUCGAUUACAAGGGCAAGCCUUUGUUCCGCGGCGCCAUCAUGAACUCGGGCGGCGCCGUGCCGGCGGACCCGGUGGACAGCGCUAAGGGACAGGUAGUAUAUGAUAAGGUAGUGGACUACGCCGGAUGCGACUCGGCGGACGACACGCUGGAGUGUUUGCGUGGGCUGGAGUACACUGACUUCCUCAACGCGGCUAACUCGGUGCCGGGACUGUUGAGCUACCACUCAGUGGCGCUGUCGUAUCUGCCUCGACCGGACGGCAAGGUGCUGACCGACAGUCCGGAUGUACUGGGCAAGCAAGGGAAAUAUGCGAAGGUGCCGUUCAUCAUCGGUGACCAGGAGGACGAGGGCACGCUGUUCGCACUGUUCCAAUCGAACAUCACGACGACCGACGACCUGGAGAGCUACUUCAAGAAGUACUUCUUCCAUGGCGCGUCGCAGGCGCAGUUGAAGGAACUCGUCAGCACCUACUCCAGCAUCAGCACGGACGGUUCCCCGUUUCGCACGGGAAUUUUCAACAACUGGUAUCCGCAGUUCAAGCGCCUAGCCGCCAUCCUGGGUGAUCUGACAUUCACGCUGACUCGCCGUGCGCUGCUCAAAUUUACGCACGAAGCACAUCCGGACGUGCCGAGUUGGUCCUACUUGUCGUCCUACGACUACGGCACGCCGGUCAUGGGCACGUUCCAUGGCAGCGACAUCCUGCAGGUCUUCUACGGUAUUCUGCCCAACUAUGCGUCGCGGUCCAUCCACACGUAUUACUUCAGCUUCGUGUACGACCUGGACCCGAACUCGCGACGAGGCAACUUUAUGGAGUGGCCGCAGUGGAGCGAGGACCAGCAGCUGAUGAACUUCAAGGCAAAUUCAGGAAACUUGCUGAAGGACGAUUUCCGAUCGGAGGCAUACCAAUUUAUUUUAGAUAAUGUGGAUUCUUUCCACAUAUAG